UUUUUAAGUGAAGUGGACAUGCAAUAAAUAUUGAAACUAUGGAAACCAAUUAUGUAACGAAAGCAUUUUGGAAAGCACAUGACAUAUAUCCAUAUAUAUGCAAAUGAAUAUAUGAUACACCGAUGCUAUAUAUAAUAGGCGCUAGGUAGCUAGAUUUUGUGAAAACCAUCUCCUGUCGUCAGUCGUAUAACCCAUUCGAGAUCAGCUCAACUACAGUACUAAUCAUGGAGACAUGCGGGGAGAUUAACAAUGCGAGUUCAUUGAAGCCCCAUGUGGCUUUCCUCGCAAGCCCAGGAAUGGGUCACAUCACCCCCCUCUUCGAGCUCGCCCUUCGUCUUCUCACUCAACAUAACUUUCAGGUCACUUUUCUGGUUAUCACCACCGAUUCCACGGUUGCUCAAUACAACUACCUCCACGCCACCCCACAUCCCGACCUCCAUAUCGUCGAUCUCCCCCCUGCGGACAUGUCCGGCCUCCUCUUCGAUGAUAUGACAGCCGUCGCCCGCCUCUGCGUCAUAGUCCAGGAGUCCAUCCGCUCGCUUCGGUCAGUGUUGUUGUCUGGAUUAAAAAACCGACCGAAGCUUCAAGCUUUUAUCAUCGACAUCUUCUGCACCGGCGUUUUUGAUGCAUGUAAAGACCUAUCCAUUCCGGUUUACUCGUUUUUCACGGCAUCAGCAGCUCUUUUGGCGUUUUCCUUGUAUCUUCCGACGCUUGACAGGGAAGUUGAAGGCGAGUUCGUAGAUCUACCGGAACCCAUCAAGAUACCGGGUUGUAACCAAAUCCAAACCCACGACUUACUGGAUCAAGUCCGGAACAGAAAGAUCGACGAGUACAAAUGGUACUUGAUGCAUGUCAGCAGGUUAUCCAUGGCUACAGGGAUAUUCGCAAAUACUUGGCACGAUCUUGAACCGGUAUGGCUCAAAGCUCUAGAAAUCGAACCCUUCUUCGCUGACAUUCCCACACCGCCGGUUUAUCCCAUUGGACCGCUUACUAAACGGAUUGAAUCGGCUUCGGAUGGAAACGCCGACACGAAAGAAGUUAUGGCAUGGCUGGACAGACAACCAAAAGACUCGGUUCUGUUUGUUGCACUCGGAAGUGGCGGGACACUGACAAAUAUGCAACUAACUGAGUUGGCAUUAGGUUUAGAACUGAGUCAGCAACGGUUCAUCCUGGUGGUGCGAACUCCGAGUGACUCUGCUUUUGCUGCUCUUUUUACCGCCGGGGUUGACUCAGACGAUCCUAGAGGGUACUUGCCAGAUGGGUUUGUUGAGAGGACAAAGGAAGUAGGGCUGGUCGUGAGCUCAUGGGCACCGCAGGUGGCGGUGCUGAACCACCCAUCUACCGGAGCAUAUUUGUCUCAUUGUGGGUGGAACUCUACCUUGGAGAGCAUUAAACAUGGUGUUCCGAUGAUCGGGUGGCCGCUAUAUGCGGAGCAGAGGAUGAAUGCGACGAUGUUGAGCGAUGAGAUAGGGGUGGCAGUGAAGAUGCCGGUGGUCGGGGAAAGAGGAGAGACGGUGGUGGUGGGGAGAAAGGAGAUAGAGCAGGUGGUGAGGGUGGUUAUGGAAGGUGAGGAGGGUAGGAAGAUUAGGAAAAGGGUUAAAGAACUAGAAGCAAGUGCUAGAGAGACACUGAGUUGUGGCGGGUCAUCUUAUGAAAUACUCGCCGGAGUUGCCGAGUCAUGGAAACGGCAGGGUUGUGGGAUGACCACAAGAACUUGCAUUGAACCUGACUAGUUGGAUGUUGAUCCAGGCUAUUAAUAAAGUGAGCACCAUUUAUUACUUUGUAAGUUUGUACUAAAUGAUUAUUCUGUUACCUAUUCACUAUUCACUGUUGGGAUAAAUUCAAAUGAUCGAAUUGAGAAAUUAAA